GGUGCCUGAGGCGCGCAGCCCGCGCCCGCCCGCCCGCCCGCCCGCCGGCUGCCUUCCGAGCAGGGCCCACGCCCCCUCUCCCGCCCGGCAAAUGCAGGCCGUCGCCCUCCCGGAGGAGAUCCGUUGGCUCCUGGAAGAUACUGAAGAUUUCCUGGCAGAAGGUUUGCGGAAUGAGAACCUCAGUGCUGUGGCGAGGGACCACAGAGACCAUAUCCUACGGGGCUUCCAGCAAAUCAGAACUAGGUACUACUGGGACUUCCAGCCCCAAGGAGGAGACCUGGCACAGGACAGCUCUGAUGAUAACCAGAGUGGAUCCCGUGGUGCGUCAUUCCCUGCAGACGUGCCCUUUUUGUCAGACUAUCGGGAUGAGGGAGUGGAAGACGUGGUGAGAGGAGCCCAAGAGCUUGAUAACAUCAUCAAGCAAGGGUACUUGGAAAAGAAAAGCAAAGAUCAUAGUUUCUUCGGCUCGGAGUGGCAGAAGCGCUGGUGUGUUGUUAGCAGAGGCCUCUUCUACUACUAUGCUAAUGAGAAAAGCAAACAGCCCAAAGGGACCUUCCUCAUUAAGGGCUACAGUGUGCGGAUGGCCCCCCACCUGCGAAGAGACUCCAAGAAGGAAUCCUGCUUUGAGCUGACCUCCCAGGACAGGCGCAGCUAUGAGUUUACAGCUACCAGUCCAGCCGAGGCCAGAGACUGGGUGGAUCAAAUAAGCUUCUUGCUAAAGGAUCUGAGCUCCUUAACCAUUCCGUGCGAAGAGGAGGAGGAGGAGGAGGAGGUGGAGGAGGAGGAGGAGAAGGGGGAAGAGGAAGAAGAAGCAGAAGAGGAAGAGAUGUAUGAUGACAUUGAUGGUUUUGACUCCCCAAAUCCUGGUCCCCAGUGCAGACCCACUGUCUUGCCGGGGGGCAUGGGGAUCCAUGAACCUGCAGAGGAGAAAGAAGACGACAUUUACGAGGUCUUACCAGAUGAAGAGCAUGGCCCAGAAGAUGACGAGAGUGGCACCUGGCGAAAAGGAGUGGACUAUGCCAGUUAUUACCAAGGCCUAUGGGAUUGCCAUGGUGACCAGCCAGAUGAACUGUCCUUUCAACGAGGUGACCUCAUCCGCAUUUUGAGCAAGAGAUUCGGCGGCUUCUCCAUCCCCACGAAUCUUCUGUAUUUGGGAGGAGUUCCAAACACGAAAAACUUCCGUGGGCCAUUGUGAACCGUGCCUUUUUAAAAAAAAUACAAUAAAAUAAAAUUGGUUUCUAACUGUUCAACAAAGGAGAAAAAUCUGGCAAUGCAAGACCGCAGCCCAUCAGGAUAAUUGCUCAAAGACAGCACCCGGCUAGAAAGAUAAGCGUAAUACUAGCAAUUAAUAUUCAGCAUUUCGCAUUCCAGUCAAGAGGAUGCUUCUCUUUGUGAUGUGGAUCGUGAGCUAAGAGUGUCAGGAGCCAGACUCCAAGCUCCGUCUUCCUCUCUGUGCGGGAGGAUUAAGGAGAAAAAAAAAGCCCCGACGACAAUCCUGCUCCAUCUGUAAAUGAACAAACAUCUUGAUUUUAUAGCUAUUUGCUUUGUAAAACUGAGGAAUGAAACAAAAAUUACUGGAUGCCUAAGUAACACUUUAAUUCUGAAUUCAUUUACGCUGUAGCUGUGGAGUUGUCACAAACCAUAAUGCAGUAUUUAAUUAAAAUAACAGAAGUGCAUCCAGAUAUGUCCUGGGGUAGCUAUCACCGAAUUAUAGUCUAUGGCAUCCGUAUUUUAUUUAUGAAAUGGCAGAUUCUAAGGUGCAACUAGGCUGAUACGAAAGCAUAAACAUUUUAAACCUGCAUUUGUAGAAAGGCUCUGUUUGUUUUUUAUUUUUUUUUUCUGCUGCAUCUUUAAAUUUUUUCUUCCUUCUGUGGUUGGGGAAGGGGGUUCGUGGGGUUGUUUUGCUGUGGAUAAAGAUCUCUCUUUCUGACUCUUGCUUUUCAACUAUUGACCUCCAAAGUC